AUGACAAAUAAUAUCGAAAUAAAUAAUGCACUUCAUUCAAAUUUAAUUACUUCAACUAAUUGUUGUGAAAAGAAAAAUAAUUUUAAUUUUGAUAAAUUUAUUAAUCCAAAAUUAAAAUUAAAAUAUAUAUUAGAAUACAAUUGGAUUACUUUUGAAUAUAUUAUUAAUGAAUUAGCUAAUGGAAGUAUUGAAUUUAGAAAAAUUUUAGAAAAUGGGGGAUUCGUUGAAAAGAUCGAAGCAAAAGACAUAAAUGAUGGCAAAGGCUUUACUUCAAGAUUGCUUCGUUUAAUAAUUAAUAUAAAAUAUACAAAUGGGAUAUACAACAAAACAAAAAAUUUUUCAAACAAAUUUUCUUUAAUUUUAAAAAUUUUUGCUGAUGAGAGGAUUGAAAUACUUUUACAGCAUUUUUUUGGAAAAGAAAGAUUGGAAAAAGUUAUGUUAAAAUUUACAGAAAAAUUGACAAUAGAAAAUAAUAAUAAUGAAGAGAUAAAUGAUAAAGUUGUGUCGACAAAAAUUAAUCCUGUGUUAAAGGUAAAAAUUUAA